CUAAAGCUCUAGCUUCCUCUGAUCCCGGUAUUUCCUUGAACCCGAACCUCGCCGGCGAUCGAGAGCUGCAUUUUACGACCACGGCAAAAUGAAUUUCAACAAAGUUCCAAAUGUUCCCGGAUCUCCUGCCCUCUCUGCCCUACUUAAGGUCAGCAUUAUCGGUGGUGGGCUCGGUGUCUGUGGGGUUGCUAACAGUCUACAAUGUUGAAGGAGGGCACCGUGCUAUCAUGUUUAACCGGUUAACUGGGAUUAAGGACAAGGUCUAUCCUGAGGGCACACAUUUUAUGGUGCAGAGGGAGAAGCCAAGAGUGCUCAACCCAUUGGACAAGCUAUUGCGAACAAUGCGGCCUUCAUCACCCUGAGGAAGAUCGAAGCAGCGAGAGAGAUAGCCCAUACCAUCUCCAUCCCUGCCAACAAGGCUUACUUGCACUCUGCAGAUCUUUUGCUCAACGUCCAAGGAAUGAACUCCGAGACUAACCCCACCAAGACAUAGUAAGUUACCCCUUCUCGUUUUCAUUGCCUUUUGUGAAGUCUAGAAAUGACCGUUCUGCCCUUCUCAUUCUGCCCCUCUGUUUAGCGAAUUUGCAUUGAAGAGAGGAAGUAUAUUAUCAUUUAGCAUAGAGAAGCUCCUCAGUGUUUGGUCCAUUAUUACAUAUGAUUUUGUCUUUCACGCGCCACAUAAUAUUAAAUUACUGCGAAGUUGACGGAA